UACACGAAUAUCUCACGAUUUUUUCAUUGAUCUACACCAUUGUUCUGAGCAAGCAGCAUGAAUCCCAGCAGCAUCGAGCCCGAGAUUAAAUCUGCUACACCAUCUCCGUCUUCAUAUCCAACAUCUUCGAAGCAGCCGCUAACUGAAGGGCAGUGGUCCACCGGCUUGUAUGAUUGUUGCCAUGAUCCUUCUAACUGUUUAAUCACCUGUUGUUGUCCAUGCAUAACCUUCGGCCAAGUAGUUGAGAUUAUUGAUAGAGGGAAUACAGCCUGCAAACUGCAGGGCUUGGUGUACUAUGCUAUGGCGGCUAUAGGUUGCGGUUGGCUGUAUGGUGGUGCAUACCGUUCUAAAUUAAGAAGGCCUUUUUCAUUACCAGAAGCCCCUUGCAGGGACUGGGUGGUUCACUGUUUCUGCUGCAUUUGCUCCCUCACCCAAGAGUAUAGAGAACUCAAGAAUCGUGGAGCCGAUCCCUCCAUUGGUUGGAAAGCUAAUGUUGAAAAGUGGAAUCGUGAAGGACUUAAGCCCCCAAUCGUUGCACCAGACAUGUGUCGAAAUUGAAAUAUUUAUUUUUGUAUUCCUGCCAUUGCCUACUCUUCUAUGUUGGUCUUUUGAUCUCCUUUGUGUAUUUCAUUACUCUUGAAAAUGUUUAUUAGGAUUUGCACAGCAUAUCUAUGUCAAUUUGUGAAGUACAGUUUGUUGUCGUUGUUCAUGAUAACAGCUUAUGUUAUUUGUGUAUUUGUAGUAAAUCUCUCUUCAGAGAUCUCCGGAUAAUA